AUGGCAUCCUCGGCCUCUUCAUCUAAGCCAAAACGAAAACGUGUAAUGGAGGAGAACGCUUUCCGGGUGAUGGCAUCUGUGUCUCCCUCUAAGCUAAAAUGUGAAAUGGAAGAGCUUCAAGGAAACAGCUUCAAGGAAAUGGCACCCACGCCUCCUUCUAAGCAAAAAUGUGAAAUGGGAGAGAAAGGGAACAACGUCAAGGAGAUGGCACCUGCACUUCCCUCUGAUCAAUCUUUUCAUCCAUAUGAUGUAUUUAUCAACCAUUGCAACCCAGAUGUGGGAAAGACCGUGGCUAGCGUCCUUUACCAGUUUCUACAAUAUUUAGGAUUAAAUGUUUUUCUCCAUUCAACAGAUUUACAACUUGGGGAUUCUUUACCGGCCAAUAUACAGCAUGUUAUACGGAGCUCUUCAGUUCAUAUUGCUAUUUUGUCCAAAGGCUAUUCGUACACACCCUGGUGUUUGGCCGAGCUUUGUCUCAUGCUAAAAACAGGGUCUAAAAUUGUUCCCCUGUUUUAUGAUGUGGCGACUUCUGACUUACGCUACAUUGGAAAGGGGGUAUAUGCCGAUGCAUUUGCUACACAUACACAAAGUAAGAGGGAUAUGCCGAUGCAAUGGAAAGAUGCCCUUUACAAUGUCUCAUUGAUUUCUGGUAUAGAAUUCGAUUCAUCCAAUGGGAACCUGGGAGAGCUAUGCAAAAAUAUUGUGGAUACUGUGCUCAUUGAAUUGAGAGAAGCUAAAACUAAAUUGAAGUUAGAAGUUACUGAUCAUCUGGUAGGACUUGAGGAAGCCAUGGAAGAGCUUGAGGGUACAAUAUCAACAACUGGAUGGAAUUAUAAUGGAAACGGUGUAAUUGUGGGCAUUGUAGGAAGGGCCGGAAUCGGCAAAACUACUCUGGCAAAAGAAUUCUUCAAUCGCAAACAUCCCAGUUUCUGCAAAUCAAGUUUUUUAUUUGAUGUAGGUGAAGCACAUAGAACUGAAAAAAUGGGGAAGAUGCAGGACAAACUAAUGUCUGAUGUAAGUAUGCCUCUGCCCCUUUCUACUAGUACUGUUCGACCUGGUAGCCAUGAGGAAUAUUGGUAUUUCAAGCCAUUAAUUAUUUUAGAUGGAGUUGAUCAUGCCGAUCAAUUGAGGGCACUGUCAUUAAAUGACUUUCUAAAUCAGGGGGCGCUAGUAAUUGUGACAUGCCAUGAUGCAAAUGUCAUGCAGUCAUUUAAAAUGGUGAAAAUUUAUGAAAUGAGAGGACUAGAUUCUGUUGAUGCCAGAAAACUCUUCUGCUGGCAUGCAUUCCGCCAAUCACAUCCGCCCAAAGGAUGCGAUAAAUUGGUUGAACUCCAUGUGAGAGUUUCACGUGGCUUGCCAUUAGACCUCAAAGUUUUGGGAGAGAACAUUUACUCUCUGAAAAAUGAGAUACAUGCACAAUUAUAA